UUCAGGGCUGGUACGCUUGCUUGCACAGAUAUUUUCUUGGCUCAUAGCAAACUCAGCGAAGGUAAAAGACAGUUGCAAUGGUGAUGGAAGAAAGUCUGUCGUGGCGGACGCUAAUGAAUCUGCAGAUAGGUUUGAUUGAGUCUAAAGAAACGAAUACCGAAUUGUCUAAACAGAUUGAACAGUUGCAAGCAGCCAAAGAGGAGUUUAACCAAAAGCUGGAAAGAUUGCGUUUGUCUUCAAACAAGGAGAUGAUAGAUUCUUACUUCGAAGACCGAGAAAUGGUUUCCCUAUCACAAGAGCGAGAGGAUGCUUUGACGAAGGAAAAAUCAUUGAAAAAUGAUUUGAAAUCUGCAAGAAACCUGAUCGGCAAAAUCAGGUUGGACAUCGAUCACAGGAACAAGUCUAUCACCAAACUGGAGGAGCAAUGCGCUGAAACGAAGGCGUCCAUCUCCAUUGCUUCCGCCGAGCGCUGCAAAGCUCUGAAAGAUAUCGAAUCAAUGCGUUCUAAUGCAGAAGAGCAGCGUUCCAUUAUUGUCCGGCUUUCGAGUAACAUAACCGAAGAAAAAAAUCUAGGAGAAACAUUAAAAAAGCGCAACUCGGAAUUGAAGGUGAUCCAAACAAAAUUAGAACGUCGCCAACAUCGACAAGAGCAACGGAUCGUCAAGUAAGAUCAACGCACAAGUUUUACCUAUUUAAAAUGAAAAAUAAAACCAUUAAAAAUUAGAUUGCACGAUGCCAUUCAAGAUACGCGUAUGAAGUCGACAGAAGCACACAAGAUGCUCAAGAAAAAGUUAGGGGAUUUGCGUGCCCAUACUAUAGAAAUCAACCGGGCCGGUGUCCGUCUGACUCGUUUGAAGAAGACUACCGUACAGCUUCAAACUCUGAAAGGACCAAAGGGCAUUUUAUUCAAACAAUAAAUGGCUUAAUUUUUUGAGCGUAUACUUAAAGACGAUUGGAAACCAAGUUCGUCAUACAAAACGAAUUGAAAAAGAAAUA